AUGCAGCCCCAGGCCAGUGCCCACCCGCCCAGCCAGCCCAGACCAGUGCCCACCCGCCCAGGCCCAGACCAGUGCCCACCCGCCCAGACCCAGACCAGUGCCCCCCAGCCCAGACCCAGCCAGUGCCCCCAGCCCAGACCAGUGCCCACCCAGCCCAGACCGUCCAAUGCCAGGCCAGUGCCCAAACCAGUGCCCACCCACGACCCAUCCCAUGCCCCCCAGCCCAGACCAGUGCCCCACCUACCCAGCCCCAGACCAGUGCCCAAACCAGUACCCAGACCAGUGCCCACCAUCCAGACCAGCCCCAGACUAGUGCCCAGUGCCCACCCAGCCCAGACCAGUGCCCACCAGUCCCACCAGCCCCAGACCAGACCAGUGCCCACCCACCGCCCCCAGACCAGUGCCACCCAGUGCCACCCAGCCCCAGACCAGUGCCCACCAGGCCCCAGACCAGUGCCACCCACCAGCCCCAGACCAGACCAGUGCCCACCCAGACCAGCUACCCAGACCCAGACUGCCCACUACCGACCCAGCUCCAGACCAGAGGCCACCCAUCCCCAAGACCAGUGCCAAGACCAGUGCCCACCACCCCACCCAGCCCAUGCCAGUGCCCACCCAGCCCCAGACCAGUGCCCAGCCCCGUGCCCACCCACCUACCAGUCCAGACCAGUGCCCCACCAUCCAGCCCCAGGCCAGUGCCCAAAGCCCCAGGCCAGUGCCCACCCACCUACUCAGUCCCAGACCAGUGCCCACUCAUCCCAGCAACAGAACAGUGAACACCCGCCCACCCACCCAGCCCAAGACCAGUGCCCAGACCAGUGCCCACCGACCCAGCCUCAGACUAGUGCAGGGACCAGUGCCCACCCACCUACCCACCCAACCCAAGACCAGUGCCCACCGACCCAAAGCCCCUGA